AUGGAUACUUCUGAUUUACCACAGACAAUAGAAAUCUUUGUAGAUGAUUUCAACAGGAAUAUCAGCGAGACAGAUGAAGAGACCAUAAACUUAUUAAAGGAUCUUGGUAUGAAUUCAUAUGGUUUUAAGAUGAAGGAUAAUAAGCAGCAAGCACAGAAAUCUAGUCAUUUUUGGCAUAGAGAUGAAAAACCUUCUGACAGAGAUGUGGUAGCUUGGGCCAUUACGCAGUAUUGCUGUGUCUCAUUUCUAUGUUGGUUGACCGACCACGCGAUUUACCCAUCUAAUAUUCCGACAUUUACAAGCUUGGCAUUUUGA